UACCGCGUUCCGUUCGGGACGGAGCCAGCCCGCUCUUCUUCCUCUUUCUAAUUUUUUUUUGGGGGUCUUUUUCGAUCGAAGAAAAAAGAGAGAGAGAGAGAGAGAGAGAGGGAGCCAGCGGUGCUGACGCCUUCCUUCGAUCCGAUCGAUUCCGAGAAAUUCGAGAACGUGAGAUCACGAUUCUCAAAAUUCGGUGCGAGGAUCGGUGUUUUUUCUCCAGUUUUUGGAUUUGCCGUGACGAUUUUUGAUGUUUUCUCGGCAUGGGUUUUGGUUUUCCGAGUGGGAUUAGGGUUUUCGCUUUUGGAUUUUGGGUUCUUUGAGGAAAGGAAGCGGUGACGUUGGAGAAUGGGGCGUUUUCUUGGACGGUUCCUGCUGCCUUUUCUCCUUUUGGCAGCUUCUUUACAUGACUGGAGUUUGAUUUCUCUUGUCAAUUUAUUGAUGUUUAUUGCCUUUCAGUUUACUUCUUCAAGACAAGAAUUCCGUUUUCGGAGGCUGUAUUUAUUAUCUCGGGGUGUUGUUGUAUUCUCUUUGCUUUCUAUAGUAGCUGAGGUUAUAUUUCAGAUUUUAUGGUGUAUUGAGGGUGAAGGAUGGAGUAUGGCCGAUGCUCGGUGGGCCAAGCUUGUUGGGUUUGUUAGGGUACAGCCAUGGGGAUCAACAUCUGUUAUUUACAUUGUGGUCAUACAGCUAGCAGUUGCUUUGGUUUCUGUUGUUGAGGCCUUUGGAAGUAACCUUGAUCGAGAUUCUUGUUGGUUGAAUUUUUCAGCAGCCUUUGAUCGCAUAGGUUCCCAUCUCAAGGUUGCCUGCUGUUUGUUUUUGCCUGCUAUGCAGUUGGUUGUGGGGAUUAGUCAUCCCUCUUGGAUUUCUUUGCCAUUUUUCAUUUGCAGCUGUGUUGGUCUCGUUGAUUGGUCUCUAACAAGCAAUUUUCUUGGCCUUUUUCGGUGGUGGAGGCCUUUGCUAUCAUAUGCAUGCUUCAGCGUCCUUCUCCUUUAUGUCUACCAGCUUCCAGUACAAUUUCCAAGUGCGGUCUUGAUAAUUGCUGACUUCAUUGGUUUAUUUAAAGUGACCAAUAUGUCAGAGUGGCCAGAACUUUUUUCUGGCAUUUCUCUACUAAUGUAUUUUUUCAUGUUGUCCUCUGUUAGAAGUGAUUUGGAAGAAAUGGAUUCUAUUAUUUCCAUGCAAGACAAUACUUUGACUGAGCGACUUAUUCCAUCAAACCAUUCAUUUUUCAUUCGUGAAUCUCGGUCGGGUGUUAGACACACUAACGUGUUAUUAAGACGAUCAGUUUUCAGAACUUUCAGCAUUAACUUUUUCACUUAUGGUUUCCCGGUUUUGUUGUGUGCACUUUCAUUUUGGAGCUUCACAUUUGCUAGUAUAUGUGCUUUUGGAUUACUUGCUUAUGUCGGCUACGUUUUGUAUGCUUUCCCCUCCUUGUUCCGGUUGCAUCGUUUGAAUGGGUUGCUGCUUAUUUUCAUUCUCCUUUGGGCUGCUAGCACAUAUGUGUUCAAUGUGGCAUUCACAUUCCUGAACAAAAAACUCCGCAAGGACAUGGAGAUUUGGGAAACAAUUGGAUUUUGGCACUAUCCCAUUCCGGGUUUUUUCCUACUAGCACAGUUUUGCCUAGGCGUCCUUGUGGCAGUCGGUAAUCUUGUGAACAACUCUGUCUUUCUAUACUUUUCUGAUGAUGAUGGGCGAUCCAGACAUGAUGAUCAUACGGUUGAAGAUAAGGAAGAUACGAAGGUAUUGGUUGUGGCUACCAUAGCAUGGGGUUUGCGCAAAUGUUCUCGUCCUAUUACCCUUGGUCUUAUUUUCCUUCUCGCGAUGAAGCCUGGCUUUAUUCAUGCAGUUUAUAUGUGCUUCUUCUUGAUCUUCCUGCUAAGCUAUUCUAUAAGCAGAAAGAUGCGUCAAGCAUUGAUUUUAUUCUGUGAGGCACAUUUCUCAAUUUUGUAUAUUCUUCAGCUGAACCUUGUCACCAAGAUUUUGGGGCAUGGUGGUUCCUUAACUAUGGAAAUUCUGUCACAAUUAGGGCUCUCGGGUAAUGCUACCUUUGGGAACUUCAUGGAAAUUGGUGUCCUCUUGUGCUUUUGUGCAGUGCAGAAUCAUGGGUUUAAAAUGCUGUUUGCAUUUUCUGCCAUUAUACAGCACACUCCAUAUCCUCCAUUUGGGUUUAGCAUACUGAAAGCUGGCUUGAACAAAUCUGUGCUACUCUCAGUUUAUGCAUCAGCAGGUUCCCGGAGCAGUCAGUCAAGCAAGUCUUCACAUGAGAAAUUGAUUGCAACAUAUCUUGGCAAAGUUGGCCAGAAAUUUUUAUCUACGUAUCGGUCAUAUGGGACAUACAUUGCAUUUGUGACCAUUCUUCUUACAGUUUAUUUGAUGGUUCCUAAUUAUAUAUCAUUUGGAUACCUUUUCUUCCUGAUGUUUUGGAUAAUCGGAAGGCAACUUGUGGAGAAGACUAGAAGGAGACUCUGGUUUCCUUUAAAAGUAUACACAACCAUAGUCUUUGUUUUCACCUAUAGCUUGAGCAUUUCUUCUAGUUUUAUGAUGUGGUUGUCCAAAAUUAUUACUCUUUAUCCUGAUUUGGGAUUCAAUCCUGAAGCCUCUUUACUGGAGAAUGUUUGGGAGUCCUUAGCUGUUUUGAUUGUAAUGCAACUUUACAGCUAUGAACGUUUACAAAGUAGGCACAACAGAACGGCUGAUUCUUCUGACGCAUCAGAGCUUGGGAUCUUGGGGUUUGUCCGAAGGUUUCUUAUCUGGCACAGCGACAAAAUUUUGUCAGCUGCGGUUUUUUAUGCUUCUAUAUCUUCCAUAAGUGCUUUUGGAUUUCUAUAUCUUGUGGGCCUCAUUAUCUGUUCUACUUUACCUAAAGCUUCUACGGUGCCUUCCAAAUUCUUCUUGGUCUACUCUGGUCUUCUUGUGGCUUGUGAAUAUCUGUUUCAAAUGUGGGGUAAACUGGCAUACAUGUUUCCUGGUCAAAAAUUUUAUGGUUUGUCACUUUUCCUUGGUUUGAAGUCUUUUGAUUCUGGAUUUUGGGGUCUUGAAUUAGGCUUGAGGGGGAAAAUACUGGUGAUUGUUGCGUGCACCCUUCAAUAUAAUGUUUUCCGUUGGCUUGAAAAGAUGCCAAACCAUCUAAUAAAUGAGGGAAAGUGGGAAGAACCUUGCCAGUUGUUUAUUUCAGCAGAAUAUACCUCGGCAGAUACCAGAGGAAAUGCAACACCUGUAGAUUCUGCUCUUGUGUUUUCCAAACAAAGAGGUACCACCUCCAAGUCAUGGCCAUCAUUUAGCUCUGUUGCCUUUGAAGUAUCUGAUCAAAUGGCUAGUUUGGCAAGAGGUACAGGGAGUAGCACUAGUAGAUACUCGUUUGGCUAUAUAUGGGGCAGUUCUAAAGAGAGCCAUAAGUGGAACAAGAAACGCAUCAUUGCUUUGAGGAAGGAGAGGUUUGAAAUGCAGAUAACUACACUGAAAAUCUAUAUGAGAUUCUGGAUUGAAAAUCUAUUCCAGCUCCGAGGUCUUGAGAUUAACAUGGUUGCUUUACUUGUAGCAAGUUUUUCUGCAUUGAAUGUUAUCUCAAUGUUUUACAUAAUGUGCUUAAUUGCAUGUAUCCUUCUGAAUCGACAAGUUAUCCGGAGAUUGUGGCCCAUAUUUGUUUUCUUAUUUGCUGUUAUCCUUGUGCUCGAGUACUUUGCCAUUUGGAAAAAUCUGAUUCCUUGGAUCCAUGGCCCUAGCGAGGUGAAUGUUCACUGUCAUGAUUGCUGGAGUAGCUCAAGUCUUCAUUUCAGAUACUGCAUGAAAUGCUGGCUGGGAGUAAUUGUUGAUGAUCCACGUAUUGUUGUCAGUUACUAUUUGGUUUUUAUAUUCUCUUCUUUUAAACUCCGUUCUGAUCAUUUAGAUGGUUUCUCUGACUCGCACACAUACCAGCAGAUGAUGUCUCAAAGGAGAAAUGCGCAAGUUUGGAGAGAUCUCUCUUUUGAAACAAAAAGCAUGUGGACCUUUCUAGAUUAUUUGAGGCUAUAUUCUUAUUGUCAUCUUUUAGACAUUGUUCUGGCAUUAAUUUUGAUAACUGGAACGCUAGAGUAUGAUGUCCUUCACCUCGGCUACCUUGGUUUUGCACUGGUUUUCUUUCGAAUGAGGCUUGAGAUACUGAAAAAGAAGAACCAAAUUUUUAAAUUUUUGCGACUAUAUAAUUUUGUGGUCAUUGUUCUUUCUCUGGCAUAUCAAUGUCCUUAUCUUGGAGACUACAGCUCUGGCAAGUGUGGGACAACUGACUAUAUAUAUGAGAUCAUUGGAUUUUAUAAGUAUGAUUAUGGAUUCCGGAUUACUUCAAGAUCUGCCUUGGUUGAAAUUAUUAUCUUUUUAUUGGUAUCAAUGCAAUCUUACAUAUUUUGCUCCCGAGAAUUUGACUAUGUUGCAAGAUAUCUUGAGGCCGAGCAGAUUGGUGCUAUGGUACGUGAACAAGAGAAGAGGGCAGCAUGGAAAACUGAACAAUUGCUGCACAUUCGCAAAUCAGAAGAACAAAAACGGCAACGUAACUUGCAAGUGGAGAAAAUGAAAUCUGAGAUGCUAAAUUUGCAAAGCCAACUAAAUAGCAUGAAUGGUGUCACAAAUCUUGGUAGCACUUCUCCACAAAACAGAGGCCUUCGAAGAAGAAAGAAUCCCGCAGUCGCUGCUGAAACUGGCAAGUUACAAGGAAAGGAAGAUAUCUUAGAUUCUGAGGACCAGGAUUUGAAUACAGAUUCAAUUAAUUCAUUUGGCUUUGCUCUACCUGAUACCCAGGGAAGGGAAUUAAUCUCACACGUAUCAUAUGAUAUACUACAAUCUCCUAAGAGUGCUAAAAGUGAAAGCUCAUUAGCAAUGGACAUGAAGCAUUUACAGGACUCUCUUUGUGAGAUAAGUGAAUUAGGAGAAGGAGAUGAUACUGCAUACCAAAGUGUUGAGAAAGAUUCAAAAGAAAAGGGUAAGGGUAAAGAAAAUCCUCUAGUUUCAGCUGUGCAAUUGAUAGGUGAUGGUGUUUCUCAAGUCCAGUCCCUUGGAAAUCAGGCGGUUACCAACAUUGUGAGUUUCUUGAAUAUUGAACAUGGGGAAUCAGAUUCAAAUGGUCAUUCUUCUGCUGAGGAUGGGGUUUAUGAUGAAAUUGAAAGUCAGAAUAAAAUAGGACAUGGGCAUUUUGAUCGGACAACAUCAGUUUGUUCAGCUAGUGGAACCACGAUGCCUGCAGCCAGCCUUCAGAUAGGUAGAAUAUUUCGUUUCAUAUGGUCACAAAUGCGGUCUAACAACGAUGUUGUUUGCUACUGCUGCUUCAUUCUAGUCUUUCUCUGGAAUUUCAGCUUGCUUUCCAUGGUUUACCUUGGAGCUCUUUUUUUGUAUGCUCUUUGUGUAAAUUCUGGUCCUACUUAUUUAUUCUGGAUUAUUAUUCUAAUCUACACAGAGUUCAAUAUUUUGGUUCAGUAUUUGUAUCAGAUUAUUAUCCAGCACUGUGGAUUGAGUAUCAAUCUUAAAAUACUGCAGAGGUUGGGGUUUCCUGAUCACAAGAUUACAGCAUCAUUUGUUGUUAGCACCCUUCCUCUCUUUCUUGUGUACAUAUCAACCCUUCUUCAGAGUUCUAUAACUGCUAAAGAUGGUGAGUGGGCACCUGUAACAGAAUUUAAGCUUUUUGGUAUGAGAAGUCCUCACAAGGAUGACCAUGUGGUGACCUAUAGUUGGGGAAUGAGGGUAUGGCGUUUCCUCUCUCCAGUAAUAGAGAUAAUAAAGAUAGUAUCAAGAGGUUUCACUCGGUAUUGGAUGUCAUUGACACAAGGAUCUGAAGCUCCUCCACAUUUUGUGCAAUUGUCAAUGAAAGUUGAUGAGUGGCCUGAUGAUGGGAUCCAGCCAGAGAGGAUUGAAUCUAGAAUAAAUCAGUUGCUCAGAGUAGUGCAUGAGGAAAGAUGCCAAGUGAAAAUUCCAAAUUCAUGCCAUUCUGUCAGCAAAGUUCGAAUUCAAAGCAUUGAAAAAAGUCAAGAAAGCGCAAAUGUUGCUCUUGCUGUUCUUGAAGUUGUUUAUGCUUCUCCUUCAGUAGGAUGCCCAGCAGUAGAAUGGUACAGAUCUUUAACUCCAGCUGCUGAUGUAGCAAGUGAGAUUCUUAAAGCAAAAAGCAUGGGGCUCAUCGAAGAAAUAGACUUUCCAUACCCUAUAAUAUCUGUAAUUGGAGGUGGCAAAAGAGAAAUUGACCUAUAUGCUUAUAUAUUUGGUGCUGACUUGGCUGUUUUCUUUUUAGUUGCCAUGUUCUACCAGUCUGUCAUAAAGAACAACAGCAAAUUUCUGGAUGUUUAUCAGCUUGAAGAUCAGUUCCCCAAGGAGUUUGUAUUUAUCUUGAUGAUUCUGUUUUUCUUGAUUGUGCUUGAUCGGAUCAUAUAUCUUUGUUCCUUCGCCGCAGGCAAACUCAUUUUCUAUAUUUUCAACCUUAUCCUAUUUACAUAUUCAGUCACAGAGUAUGCUUGGUAUAUGGAGCCAUCUCACCAACGUGUAGGAGGAUUUGCUCUUCGUGCUAUCUAUUUAACAAAAUCAGUUUCCUUAGCACUGCAGGCAUUGCAAAUUCAACAUGGAAUUCCUAAUAAAAGUACUUUAUAUCGUCAAUUUUUGACAAGCAAAGUUACGCAAGUCAACUAUCUGGGUUUUCGACUUUAUCGAGCUUUACCAUUUCUGUAUGAACUGCGUUGUGUGCUUGAUUGGUCCUGUACGACAACUUCUCUAACAAUGUAUGACUGGCUAAAGUUGGAGGACAUCAAUUCAAGUUUAUUUCUUGUAAAAUGUGAUGCUGUUUUGAACAGAGCAGGGCAUAAGCAAGGAGAGAAGCAAACAAAAACAACCAAAUUUUGUAGUGGCAUUUGUUUGUUCUUUAUAUUGAUUUGUGUCAUUUGGGCUCCUAUGCUGAUGUACAGCAGUGGCAACCCAACUAACAUUGCCAACCCUAUUAUAGAUGUGACUGUUCACGUAGAUAUUAAAGCUGCUGGUGGAAGGCUGACUCUUUUUCAAACUACACUUUGUGAAAGAUUUCCAUGGGAUAAGCUGGAUUUUCGUGAAGAUCUCGACCGUGAUCAUUUUCUGGAUACGUAUAAUGUGAAUGAUAUUCAACUGAUUUGUUGUCAAGCUGAUGCCAGUGCAGUGUGGCUGGUGCCUCCUAUGGUUAAGAAUAGGUUUAUUAAAUCCCUUGAUUAUGACAUGGAUAUAAUUUUCACAUGGUUAUUUACCAGGGAGAGGCCAAAGGGGAAGGAGGUUGUGAAAUAUGAGAUCACUGUUGAAGAUGUGCCCAGUGCAUCUACAGUUCAACAAGUACUUAAUGGGUCUGCUAAAGGUUUUGCAAUAUAUAAUGUGUAUCCCAGGUACUUCAGAGUCACUGGAUCAGGUGAAGUGCGGCGCCUUGAGCAAACAGUAAGUUCAGUCAGCGGUGAGCUUGUCUUAAAUCAAGAGAGCUUACCAUGGUGGUCCUUCUAUGAUGUCAAUGCAUCGGAUGUGGUGGGUUGUAAUGAGUUGACUGGACCUAUGGCUAUUGUUGUUUCAGAGGAGACUCCACAGGGAAUCCUAGGAGAAACUUUGAGCAAGUUCAGCAUCUGGAGUCUCUACCUGACUUUUGUGCUCGCUGUUGGUCGGUUUAUUAGACUUCAAUGUUCUGAUCUGAGAAUGAGAAUACCCUUUGAGAAUCUUCCUUCAUGUGACAGGCUAAUAGCUAUCUGUGAAGACAUCUAUGCUGCACGUGCAGAGGGUGAGUUGGAAGUCGAAGAAGUACUUUACUGGACGCUUGUCAAAAUUUACAGGUCCCCUCACAUGCUUCUAGAGUACACAAAACCUGAUUAAAGCAAUGUUGGAAAUGAACAAAUACCGUUUUCACAAGGAGAGUUCUGCUUAUUGAAGCAGAUGCUCAUUCUAGAUCAAAGUAUGGGAGGGAGUGAAAGGAAUUGUUGCCGAUUGAUCUAAUAAAGUACCAAUUUAUCUGAGUUCGCCGAUGCCAUUGGUUCAUUGAGCCUUUUCUUGGCAAAUUUAUUCUUUGUGCUCACACAAUAAGUGUCAUCACUUGAGUCAUGGUAUGCCAUAUGAGAUCCUUCUUCCCCAAAGUACUGUUCAUCAUUCUGGCAGUAUUUGUUGUAAAUUAUGAUCGUUUGAGCCUAAAACUUGUACUGCUGCUGAUCCUGGCCAGGUUGUAUUAUACUUUCCAUCUUCUGGAUUAAAUUACAUGUAUAUAAAUUUUGUGUACAGUAGUAAUUGAGACAGAGACUUGAUGCUUAGAAAAUGAAAGUUUUCUCAAUAUUUUUCUUUAUGAUC